GUGUGAUCCUCAGCAGAUGCAGAAUUAUUGUGUUAAACAGUCAUCGUUUCAGUGUCUUAACCAUAGAGACACUGUAGCCUCGACUGACCUUCAUAAAGCCAUAAUGUAUUUGUAAUACAAGAAGAAGAAUCAUGUUCGUGAACACGGCAUUAGUCGUUAUUUCUUCAUUGAUUGGAUUGCACGUCUCAGGAGGCAUCUCUGUGGACGAUGAAGUUUAUCAGAUUCCGCAUUGGCGCAUGGCUAAUGGAAUGACUGGCCCCGUGUACCAGCACAUGGGUGUUCUCAGUCAGGAAAAGGCUUUAGAAUUUAAUAAGGAAUUGCUCCAGGCGCAGUCUCGUGGACGGGUGGCUAAGCUGAUGCCUGCAGUGUUUCUAGAAUCCCAUUUCCAGAGAACUCCACAGAGGCAAUCAGAUGUCAACUUCCUGCAAAAUAUUGACCAUGUGGAGAACAAGCCUGUAUCUGCCCACGAUACGGUCACAAUGGAGGAGAAUGAUGACAUCGAGCUGUAUGUGUCGUCUGUUGGAGCAUCAGAACCUGUGGCUCAUGAGGAAAUGAUCCGAUUGCUCAACAUCAACACCCUUCACCACAGCUCUGGGCCGCUUGCCACCACUGAGGCAUCCACUGAGAAGACUGUUUUCAAAGACCACCAUGAGAAGAACAGCAUUUGGGGUAAAGACGGCUUCUAUGUGCUGGUUAUCUGCCUCACAAUAUUCAUCAUCAUCUUCACCUGUUUAAUGGUGCUUUACCGACUAAAGGAGAAGGAAUUCUUGGAUCAUCAGCUUAAAGACCCAUCCCCGCCCAGGCGGGACGUGCAGCUGGCACCCAUCCCUGUUCAUGGUGCUCAGCCCCCUCUGACCCUCAAGAACAGUAUGGUCCAGGCCAACCAGACGUCCAAACCCAGUGCCACCCAUUCUACCAGCAGCACAAGCGCCCCGUCUUGUAACAUCAGCAUCCAUCAGACUCAUUCCAGCGUGACAACGUCAGAGCCGCAGUGCCCACCCAGCCACCCUGUGGCUGAGCUCAAACCCACUGUGUCCUCCACACAUUCACCCUUUAGGAUGAAACCUGUUGCAGGCCUGCUGGAGCGAUCUGUGACACAAUCCUAUCCACAUUCCAGGGUUAUUCUGAAGACUAAGAACUCAAACGACCUGCUCAGCAGUUACAUUAAUGCCAACUACAUUCGAGGCUAUCUUAGAGAUGAGAGAGCCUUCAUUGCCACUCAAGGUCCAAUCAUCAACACUGUGAACGACUUCUGGCAAAUGGUUUGGCAAGAGGACUGCCCUGUCAUCGUCAUGAUUACUAAACUGAAAGAGAAAAAUGAAAAAUGUGUUCUGUACUGGCCUGAGAAGAGGGGGAUCUAUGGAAGGGUGGAGGUCUUUGUUAAUAAUGUGAAGGAAUGUGACCACUAUAUAAUCCGCACCCUUAUACUAAAGCAAGGAGGACAGAGUCGUAAAGUACAGCACUACUGGUAUACUUCAUGGCCAGACCAUAAGACCCCAGAGAGCGCAGGAACCCUGCUGCAGUUAGUGAAUGAUGUUGAGGAGGACAGGAGGGGCUUUACAUCCGGUGGGCCAGUUAUUGUACAUUGCAGUGCUGGAAUUGGUCGGACAGGGUGUUUCAUUGCUACAACAAUCGGCUGUCGUCAGUUGGAGCUGGAGGGAGUUGUGGAUGUGCUGCGAAUUGUGUGCCAACUUAGAACAGACAGGGGCGGUAUGAUCCAGACUGAGGAACAGUAUGAAUUUGUGCAUCAUGCCUUGAACCUCUAUGAAAGCCGCCUUCGUGAGGAGCCUGCACAAUGAAUAGCUGGAGGAGCGUAAUUUUUCAUGCCAAGAGAUCUGCUAUUGCCAUGAGGUUUCUGAUUCAGGAGAGAAGGUGGCAGAUAAUGUUUGUGAAGAUGGAUCUUUGUGGAGUUUUGUUAUGUGCGUGUCAAGGCAAGGGUUGCACACAUCACACCACGCCGUUGUUGCCGGCAAAUGUAUUUUUUGUCAUAACUUUUCAAGGCCACUAGUGUUAUCAAAAUGUCAUUGUACAAGGUCUAGUUCCACUAAACAAUGUUUUUUUU